AUGUCGCCUGUAUCUUACGGCACCUGGUGGGAUAUAUAUGAAGUAGAGGGCAGAGAUGCCGAUGAAGAUCCCCGUCCUGGGGAUAGGUUCUACGAACGCCCCCAGUCGCCGCCGCCUGAAGGCUGGGCCCAUGAACCGGAGGCGACGCGGUAUGAUGAUGGCUAUGGCUCCAGCGAUCCUAAUCACACCGGCGACAUACCCCUCCGGCCUAUGGGUGGCUAUGGCUCCAGCGAUCCUGACCACACCGGCGCGGGAUCCCUCCGACCCAUGAACGACAAUAGGACAGAAGGCGGAGAGACCGCUGACCCCAUGAAAGCUCCGCUCUCAGUGGAUGAGGCAACCGGAGCGAGCAAUCAACCCGAUCCGUCGAUGGAUGGCGAUAUCUCCAGCGGACCUUUCCCCACCCCUCUCCAACCGAUCGAUAGCAAUUUUCCCGUCGGUUCUUUCAGCACCGGCGGCGCACUCCUUCAGGCGAUGGAUAGUAACGAGACAGAAGGCAGAGAGACCAUUGGGCCCGCGGAAGCUCCACCGUUAUUAGACAAGGCGAGGGCAACCGGAGCGAGCUCUCACCCCGGAGAGGGACUUAAGAAACGUAAGAGAGGGAGCAGAGGCGGAGAGACCGGUGACCUCGCGGAAGCUCCACCGUUAUUAGACAAGGCUAGGGCAACCGGAGCGAGUACUCACCCCGGAGAGGGACUUAAGAACCGUAAGAGAGGGAGCAGAGGCGGAAGGAAGAGUCGGCGCAGUGGAGGCAGCCAGAAAGAGGACACAGACACAUCCCCAGUGCCCGAGCUAACUUUGACGCUUAUCCGUUGUCCAACCCCCGUUCAAGACCAGAAUGGAUUAAAGACCAAAUCAAAGUUCUGGGGAUGGCCAUCCCAGACAAUGGCAGAAAGGUGGACCAGGUUCACCGUUGCUCCAAUGGAGUUCAACUUGGAAUUUUCCCGCGUUCUUUCUAUCCCUCAUCGUAAUCCGACGACAGACAUAAAUGAGUUUGAGCAAACCCGAAACAUUCCGGCAAACGCGUUGAAAAUUGAAUCAACGACGUGGGUUGUAGAUACCUCCCGUAAUGUCAACUCCUUUCUGGAAGAAGCCUCCGGUUUUACUUCAAGAUGUAGCGAAACCAGGAGCACCUCUAGUAGACAACAAGACAAUGCUGGCGGCCCGAACGGUACCCAACCAACGCCAGCAACGACGGCUCCGGCCCAUCCCAUCCCUCCUUCCCAUGAUGACGACACAUCUAUGCUGAGCAACACUGACGUUGGCACCUAUCGUGGUCCAGGCAAUUUCAAGCCCACGAGCCUUGCCUCCGACAUUGUUCUCAGGAGGUCGCAGAACAGUUGUUCAGCUAGGCUCCAUCGGAAGCCACGCACCUCAAAGGGGAUAUUUUCUUGCGCCUUGGGAGGAUUAUGUAUUUCGAGCAGAAGGAUGCGGAGGUAUGGGAAGAGGCGGCUCCGUCUAUGGCCAGGGUUGCCGCAAGACUCGUCACGUAUCUUGAGAACCAUCGACAUGAAGACCAUCAUCAAGAAGGGGAUCGCACCGUGGUCCAGCGAGUCAAUUGGGCGAGGUGGGCGGCGAAGGCGGCGCAGGAUGGGAUCUUUCAUGAGUGGACGGAGAAGUGCGGGUCCAUCGCGGACCAGGUGA